AGAGAGGAACAGGCAUCCUUGGAGAGGGAGGGGGAGAGGAAUGGAGCAAGAGUGGAGGGUCUAUGUAGCAGGCUGACAGGAGAGGGGUGACUGCCAGAGAGACGUGUUGUAAGAGGAGAGGGAGAAGGAGAGGUUUUUUGGAAGCCAAAAGGGGAGAAAGAAGGCAUCGAAGGAGGGUUGUGAGAGGAGUGAGAGUUUGUGCCAGUCGGGAGGUGAAGGAGAAGAGCUAGUGGGAGAACAGACUGAGAGGAGAGUGUUCAAAUGGUGGAAGAGUGGAGGGUCUGUUUAUUCCUCCUGACAGAAGAGGAAUAAAAAGGAACACAUGAUGCAAGAAAGUGGAGAUAGUGGACAGAGGAGUGAGAGAAGACAGGAGAGGUAGAGGACAGGAGGGUGAGAGGAGAGGGAGAGAUUCAGGUGAGUCUCUAAACAGAGGGAGCACUGUCUGACGGGAGGGAACGGAAGAGGCGUCCUGUGGGGCCAAGGGAGGAUCCUGCCAAAGAAACCAAGGAAGGACCCAGCUAGACUGUACAUGAAAGGUAGAGGAGGAGAACAAGGGAGAAGGAGCAUGUGGGUCUAGUAAAGGAGAGGAGUCCUGACUCACUGACUUGGGGGUAAAAUCUGAAAGACAAGAAGACGGCAUAGGAUCCAUGGGGUGCGUUCACAGUACCCAUCGCCGCAGCGCAAAGAGACGCUCUCCAGAACCCCAGGGACCCCCGAAAAUAUUGCUUCACAAUGUUGAAAUCCUGCAGCUAGCUGAGCUUGGUCGAGAGGCUGGGUCCCAUGUCUUCGCAGAGAAGAGCUUCAGGGAUAAACCGCCCUGUGAAGUGUGUGGACAAAGCAUUUACAUCCCCGGGUCCUUCUGCAGGGAGUGCAAAACAGCUGUACACACGAAAUGCAAAGCCAUGCUGACAUCCACCUGUGUCCCAGGCCUAAACCUGCAGGGCUCCACCAAAUCCCUGUCCAAUAAGAAAAGGGGCUCCCUUAUCAGGAGCAAGAGUGUGGAGCGUGUGAUGGACAGAGUAAUGGCUAGGCACUAUGACUUUGACCUCACCUACAUCACAGAGAGGAUCAUUUCUGUCUUCUUCUUGCCUGACCUGGAAGAACAACGUUACCGCGGCAACCUACAGGAAGUGGCCACUAUGCUCAAGUCCAAACACCAAGACAAGUUCCUGCUCCUAAACCUGUCCGAAAAGCGUCAUGACAUCACAAGACUCAACCCAAAGGUUGAAGACUUUGGUUGGCCCGACCUGCACGCCCCUCCACUGGACAAGAUCUGUGCCAUGUGUAAAGCCAUGGAGACCUGGCUGACCUCUGACCCUAGCAACGUGGUCGUCCUGCACUGCAAGGGAAACAAAGGGAAAACUGGGGUAAUUGUUGCUGCCUAUAUGCACUACAGCAAGAUAUCUGCGGGGGUGGACCAAGCCCUGACCACUCUGGCCAUGAGGAAAUUCUGUGAAGAUAAAGUCUCCUCCUCACUACAACCCUCUCAGAACAGGUACAUAUACUAUUUUGGGGGUCUGUUGUCAGGGACGAUCAAGAUGAACAGCAGCCCUCAGUUCCUUCACCAGGUCCUGAUUCCCUGCUUGCCCAACUUCCAGCCCGCUGGAGGAGGUUUCUAUCCUUUCCUGAAGAUCUACCAGUCUUUACAGCUGGUCUACACCUCGGGCAUAUACAACCCCCAGGGCUCCAGGGCCAGAAAGCUGUGUGUCACAUUGGAGCCGGCGCUUAUGCUGAAGGGAGACAUCAUGGUGAAAUGCUAUCACCGGUGCCCGCACGGCUCAGAGAGGGAGGCCGUGUUCAGGCUGCAGUUUCACACCUGUACGAUCCAUGGAGCCCAGCUGUGGUUCGGCAAGGGGGAGCUGGACCUGGCCCACACAGAUGACCGUUUCCCACCAGAUGCUACGGUGGAGUUUAUCUUCUCCUACAGCCCAGACCAACUGAAAGGGCGAGAGUACCGCAAGAAUGACCCUUCUGUUACCGUGGACUACAACACAUCAGAUCCUGUCGUGCGCUGGGACUCCUACGAGAACUUCAACCUGCACCACCAGGACAGCACUGAGGACAUCUCCCACACACGGGGCCCCCUGGAUGGGAGCCUGUAUGCCCAGGUGAAGAAGCGCCGGGGGCCCGGCACUGUCAGGGCCUCUGGGGUCUCUCCCAAUGGAUGCCCCCCCAGCAGCCCCGCAGCCCAGCCACCUCCACAGGCCCAGCCCAGCUUCAGUCCGCACGCUGGACAUUCCUCAGCUCCCUGUGAAUACCCAGAGGCCCCUUUUGCCCGUCCCUUGUCCCACCCGGACGGAGAGAAGGAGGAGACGGACCGCCCCCGCCAGGAGGCGGAGAGUGUGGCGAGGGAAAGGGCACGGGUGAGACAGAGAGAGAGGGAGACCGCCAUUUUGGGCGACGGAGACUGUUUUCCGGGCGGGGGGUUGAGGCGGGAACAGCGCUCCUGUUGCGUUGGCCCUGACUCCGGCCAGAGGUGUGGUGAGGCGGCGGGCUGGGCGAGGGCGCCGUGCCUCGUGAGCGGACACUGUGUGGAACGUUGUAGCAACCCCAAGAGCAGAACGCUUCCUGCCUUACCCUCUCAGCAGCCGCCGCACACGCGCCCUCUCUCACCCCGCCUGGACUUGUGCCAUCGCCAUAGCGCCCACCCCCUGCCUGAGUUGCCGUGGGAACACAGCCCGCCCCCAUCACAAUGUCUCCUUCGCCCCUGCUGUUCGUACCUCACCCCUGAACACGCCCACCCACACGCCCACACUCUACCGGCCGCAAAUAGGCUUGUCUGUGGUGGGGAGGAGUUUCAACUCUAUCACUACCCUGGCCACGUCCCUCACCUCUCACAUCAGACCAUGGCCUCCAAUCCAUAUAAGAAGAUUUAUUUCAGGCCAACUGCUCCUCCCCCUGGUAGCUGCCAAUGUCGGGACUGCACCUGCAGGCGAGAGCACCAAUCAGCUUCGGCCAGAGCCCAACCGCUGUGCCAGGACGGACCAGAGAGCCCACUCUGGGCCAGGGAGGCAGGGUUUAGGCAGGGGCCUCGACAGAGCUGGGAGGCAGAGAAGAUAUGGGAGGCGGAGAGGGAGGCAGAGUUCUGGCAACAGAGGUCAGGGGGAGGAGGGAUGUCACCCUACAGAGGCUGUAAUUCCCCUUUGGUUCAAGGUCAGGGUCAUGACCCUUCUGCUUUUCUGAUGGACCCUAAGCUCUCGGGGUACCCCAGCCCCCAACCCGUCCCGGAAAGCCCUCGUGGCAGCAGUGGGUACCACACCCCCCAACCCCCCCAGCCCUCCUGCCCCUGCUCGCCCCAGCAGAGGCCCUCGCCCACAGAGAGCCAUGGAAGCCGCGGGUACAUCUCAGGGCAUCAGUCCGGCUCUGCCUCACCCCUGCCCUCUGGCGGCCCAAACCCAGGUGCCUUUCCCACAAAACCGCCCCGGAACCAGCAGCGGGCUGACGGACACACUGGUGCGGCCGAGUUGGUUCCCAACAGUUGGGUUAUGGAGGACUCUUCCUCCCAGGGGUCCUGGGGGCAGGCAGAGGUCGAAGGACAGCCCACUUGCCCCACGCCUUCAUCAGACUGUGAUCCAGGCUACACAGCCAUCACUGGCAUCCCUGUACACAGUGCAGACGGUAGUGAGAAGAAGCCACAUGCGGAGGAGUUGUUUGAUGCCAACGCCGGAGCUUCCACCCAAUGUCCUAAUGACGAGCCCCCGGUGCCGAGUCACGGGCCGCAGCAGACAGAGCCCCCAGCCUGUGAGCCCCCAGCCUCCACCCCCACCCCUCUGGACCCUAACGCUGACCCCGUUAACGACAGUAGCAGAAGGGAGAGCGAAGUGGUUUCGCAUGAAGGCAUAAACUCCGCGACGACAGCGCAAAGCCAAGGCGGUGAGCCCUCUCCUAAAGGGCCCGGGGAGACGCAGAGUGAACAAGUGACCCCCGGCGACUCACAGCCAGUAGAGGCCAUGAGGGGAGGGGUGGAUGUGGAACUGAAGGUGGUGGAGGAUGUGACGGAGGAGCUGGGUAACAGUGAGACAUCCAGUCCGGCCGUCCCGAGUCCAAGGCCUUUGUACGUUCCCGUCCAGGUGCAACUCAAUGGAAAUGCCCUGCCCGGCGGCUCCCACCAAUCAGAGAGAGGCAGCGGUGCAUCCCGGAGCCCUAGCGCCGCCCCCAGGUCAGCUCCCGCCUUGCCACACCUCUUCCUUGGCACGCCUCAGCGCCACCCAUCCCCUCAGCACUCUCCACUGGCCACGGACCCGGCUGGGCGGAGACUGGAGGCCGCUAGUGCCGGAGACCCCAAACCCCCGUCCCCUGUCUCGGACGGGUACAACACGCCCACCUUUCCCCUGGCGUCACACUACUACCCCCUACUCAACGUCCCCCACGUCCCGUACUCUGGCUACACUGCGAUCACGAUCCCAGCCGCCCAGCCCCCGCUCCCUGAGAAGAGGCGUCUGUCCUCCAUGCCGGGGUCCCCAAGCAGCUCUCAGUCUCUUCUCAGGGCCUCCAUGGGUGCUGUGGGACCCGUGGGUCUCCCUCCCCAAUCCAGCCCCCUCCACGUUAGCUUCUCCCCGUCGGCGGAGUCGGGAGAGCUCCCCCCUCCGCUCAGACGUGGACUGACGCCCCCUGGUCCCAGAGAGGACGUGGUGGAGACCGGCGUGGUCAAUGCCAAGUUCGUCCAGGACAGCUCUAAGUUCUGGUACAAGCCCGGCAUCUCCAGAGACCAGGCCAUCGCCGUGCUCAAGGACAGGGAGCCGGGCUCCUUCCUGAUCAGGGACAGUAACUCCUUCCAGGGGGCGUACGGUCUGGCUCUCAAGGUGGCCAGCCAUCCUUCGAACGACGCCAACCACCCUGGAUGUAACGUGGAUCCCCAGGAGCAGCUGGUCAGGCACUUCCUCAUAGAGACAGGCUCACGCGGGGUUAAGAUAAAAGGUUGUCAGAACGAGUCCUAUUUCGGAAGUUUGUCUGCCUUGGUGUACCAGCACUCCAUCACUCCCAUCUCUCUGCCUUGUGUCCUGCGCAUCCCGGAGAAAGAUCCGGUCGGAGAGCUGCAGGAACUGCAGAGUACCAGCAACACCAGCACUGCAGCAGUCCUCCUCCAGCAAGGCGCAGCUUGUAAUGUUCUCUACCUAAACUCCGUGGAGACAGAGUCCCUUACGGGGCCUCAGGCUGUCUCCAAGGCGACCAGAUGCACUUUAACCCAGGACCCUCCACCCACGGCCACAGUGGUCCACUUUAAAGUGUCCACACAGGGCAUCACGCUGACCGACAGCCAAAGGAGAUUGUUCUUCCGGAGACACUACCCGAUCAGCAGCGUGACGUUCAGCAGCUUAGACCCCAAGGAUCAGAGGUGGACUAAUUCAGAUAACAAGUCAAGCAAGGUGUUUGGUUUCGUGGCCAGACGGACGGGCAGCGUGUCGGAGAACGUGUGCCACUUAUUUGCAGAGAUGGAUCCAGAUCAGCCGGCAGUAGCCAUCGUCAACUUCAUCAACAAGGUCAUGCUGGGACCCCAGCAGCUACGCAGAUGAACUUGGGCUCCCUGAGAAAAUAGCCACAGGGGCUAAAGAAACAUAAAUUAGUGUGUGUGUGUGUGGGGGCGGGCAUGUAUGCAGCUGUCCAAUGGUCCAUGAAAGGAACCGUGUUGAAUGUUUAUGUCCAUUGGGAUGGUACAUUAGGAAGUUAAAUAAUGGCUUUAAAGUGAUUCGUUUUAAGCUUUUCCUCAACUUCAAUUGACUUGAUUAAUACUACUUCUGCCAAGUGAGAUUUCUUUUUUUUCUGUCCAUUAAUUUGCUGUUUGCCAUCAACUUUUAUUUAAUCACAAUAUACUAUGAAUUAUUCGUACUUUCAAAUAGGCAAGCCUUAUGAAAACACCUGUACGAUGUAAGUACUACCCAGUUUGAAAGCAACCAGAUGAAGAAAUCUAUUUAUUUUUUUGGUGGUGAGCAUUGUGACCCAAGGUCUGAAUAGUCAACCUCUUUAGAGAGGCAGUGAAACCUGAGCAGA